AAAAAUUUUCCUCCCACGACACAUUUUUGGGGGAAAAACGUCAUCCCUUAUCAGUUUUCCAUAAAUUUUCCAGCUGUUCAUCGCUGAAAAUCACAAGAAAAUUGACAAAUUUCGUGAAAUUCGGGCAAAAUGUUGCAAGAAUACGCUGACGAGGAUGGUUUUUUCUUCGAGGAGGAUAAAAUGGCUCUGCUCGACAAGAAAGACGAGCCAAAGCAAGAAAAAUCGCAGGAAGCAAGUAGUUCAGCAUUUCCCACAAAUAACCAGUUGCCCGAAGCCAAGUUAUACGAUGGCAUUUGUGGCGAAAUCGCAAAGGAAGCCUUUCCGAAUGACACGCAAUAUUUCACUUACGAAGCCAGAAGCAUUAAUUAUGAGAAACUUGAACGAGAUCGGUUGGGAAUGACUGUCUCCACGGGCAUGGUGAAGAUCGAAAAGGACUCAUCGAACAUGAUUGGCAUCAGUAUUGGGGGCGGCGCGCCUUAUUGCCCGUGUCUUUAUAUUGUUCAAAUUUUUGACGGCACCCCAUCCGCCAAAGAAGGCACCCUUCAGUCAGGAGACGAGCUUCUCGCCAUUAACGGCACCUCUGUGAAGGGCAAGACGAAAGUUGAGGUUGCCAAGAUGAUCCAAGGAGCUGAAAAACUUGUCAAAAUUCACUAUAACAAGCUUCAUGCGGACCCGGAGCAAGGCGAAACGCUCGAUAUUGUGCUAAAAAAGAUGAAACAUCGUCUCGUCGAGAACAUUAGUGCGAACAUGGCUGAUAAUUUGGGGCUUUCUCGUGCGAUUUUGUGCAACGACUCUCUCGUAAAGCGCUUAAAAGACCUGCAACUGACGGAAAAUGUCUACAAAGGUCUCGUGGAUCACGCAAAACGAAUGUUGAAAUCAUAUUUUGACUUUCUCGUGGUCUUUAAGAACUUUGGCGAUCAAUUUGUCGAGAUGAGUGUGCGGGAACCCAGCGCUCGUGCCUCCGAAAACUUCAGAUUGUUCGGCGAAUUUCAUCGGGGACUCGAAAAAGACGGCAUCAAGAUGAUAAAAAAGCUGAAACCGGUAAUUUCGGACUUUGGCACGUACCUGCACAAGGCAAUCCCCGACACGAAGUUGACCGUGAACAAAUAUCUCGAUGCGAAAUUCGCCUAUUUGUCGUAUUGCUUGAAAGUGAAGGAGAUGGAUGACGAAGAACACAGUUUUGUGGCGUUGCAGGAGCCUUUGUAUCGUGUCGAAACGGGAAAUUACGAGUAUCGCUUGAUUUUGAGAUGUCGCUCGGAUGCCAGAACUAAAUUUUCAAAGUUGCGACAAGAUGUUCUCGAAAAAAUUGAGCUCUUAGAGGAGAAACAUAAGCGCGAUUUGAAGGGACAACUCGAAAAAUUCAUCACUGAACUUCAUAAUUUCCAUAAAGAGUCCUUAGAAAAAUUUGAACCAAUUGCGGGCCUUUUCCCGAUUGAGCUGGAUUUGAAGCCAGAUGCCUUUACGUACAACAUUCGACCAGUUUUCACGGCAGACGGCGAAGUUGUCGCCUCGGAUCACGUUUCGCAUGCCGAAGAAGCCACAGAAACGUCGACCGUGACGAACGAACCGAAGAAAAGUCAAAAAAAUGAAGCUUCGUUGCUGCAAGACGUCGCGGAGAGUUUAUUGCCAGCUUUAGAUCAAACGCCGUCCACGAAGGAAAGUGCUCUGGAAGCCACUGCGGAUUUACUAUUGGAACUUGGAUUGGCAGAUGUUGACUUGAAUAGCACCGGAACUGCGACGACAACGACAAAUAAUUCGGAUUUUACGGAUUUUUUUGAUUUUCAGUCGUUCCAACCGGUGCAACAAACCCCGACAAAACUCGAAAUGGACCUCAUGAACAGCAGUUCGCAGGAUUUGCUGACCUCAGACCCGGCGCCUUCUCUUGCGAGCACAAAUACUUUGAUUCCUGGAUUAUUUUAAGAAGAUUUUGGUUUGAAUUUGAGUAAAAAAAAUAAAAGAUUUUGA